CAUGUACUCACAGGCAGGGAUUUAGAAGGUGACUGGGUUAUGGGGGCUCACAGCUGGCUCGCGUUAGAAGGUGGGCGUGGUCGGAAGAGGCAGGUCACUGAAGGCGUGGCCAGGAAGGGUUUAUCUUCCUCCUCAGCUCCCCUCGCCUCCUCUCUGCUUGAGCAGCUCUUUCGUCCAUGCCGCUCUGCCAUGCCAUUCUGCCUUGGAGCCAGUCAACUAGAGAGUGAAACCUCUACAAACUGUGAGCCAAAACAAACUUCUCCCUGAAGAGCUGUGGGUGUCGGGUAUUGUGUCGCAGUGACAAGCAAAAAGAGGGACUCUACAUACCCCAGCUGGGUCUUACUGUUCCCGAACUGCGUUAGUUAAGAUUGUCCAACCUUGGAUUUCAAAGGCAUACUUUCUUGACUCCGUCUGUCACACCCAGGAAUCAGGGCCAGCUGGAUGUCAGGAUGCGCGCGGUCACCCUCGUCCUACUGCUGUGCUUCUGCAGAGCCGCAGAGCUGCUGCGCAGGGCCAACCCAGGCGGUGCCAGAAGCCGUGCCAUCUACGGGCGGGCAGCGGGGGGCCGGAGGAGCUCCCACCCUGUCAAACGCUACGCGCCAGGCCACCCCUGUGAUGUGUACACCUAUCUCCACGAGAAAUACUUAGACUGUCAGGAAAGAAAAUUAGUUUAUGUGCUUCCUGCCUGGCCUCAAGACCUGCUGCACAUGCUGUUAGCAAGAAACAAGAUCCGCAUAUUAAAGAGCAACAUGUUUGCCAAGUUUAAAAAGCUAAAGAGCCUGGAUCUGCAGCAGAACGAGAUCUCCAAAAUCGAGAGCGAGGCAUUCUUCGGUUUAAACAAACUCACCACACUCUUACUGCAGCACAACCAGAUCAAAGUCUUGACAGAGGAAGUGUUCAUCUAUAUGCCUCUCUUGAGCUACCUGCGUCUCUAUGACAACCCCUGGCAGUGCACCUGCGAGAUAGAAACGCUCGUUUCCAUGUUGCAGAUUCCAAGGAACCGAAAUUUGGGGAACUAUGCUAAGUGUGAAAGCCCACAAGCACUAAAAAAUAAAAAACUGCUGCAGCUUAAAUCCGAAGAGUUGUGUAAUGAAGAUGAAAAAGAGCAACUAGACCCAAGACCCCAAGUGUCAGGGAGACCCCCGGUCAUCAGGCCUGAGGCUGACUCAACUCUGUGCCACAAUUAUGUGUUCCCCAUACAAACACUGGACUGCAAAAGGAAAGAGUUGAAGAAAGUUCCAACCAACAUCCCUCCAGAUAUCGUUAAGCUCGACUUGUCAUACAAUAAAAUCAACCAGCUUCGGCCCAAGGAAUUUGAAGAUGUUCAUGAGCUUAAGAAAUUGAACCUCAGCAGCAACGGCAUUGAAUUCAUAGAUCCUGCUGCCUUUUUAGGGCUCACACACUUAGAAGAGCUCGAUCUAUCAAACAACAGUCUGCAAAACUUUGACUAUGGAGUAUUAGAAGACUUGUAUUUUCUGAAACUCUUGUGGCUCCGAGAUAACCCCUGGAGAUGUGACUACAACAUUCACUACCUCUACUACUGGUUAAAGCACCACUACAACGUCCAUUAUAGUGGCCUGGAAUGUAAAGUGCCCGAAGAAUACAAAGGGUGGUCUGUGGGAAAAUACGUUCGCAGUUACUAUGAAGAAUGCCCCAAAGACAAGUUACCAGCAUACCCUGAGACAUUUGACCAGGACACAGAAGAUGAAGAGUGGGAAAAAGUACAGAGGGAUCAUACCGCAAAGAAACAAAGUGUUAGGAUCACUAUAGUGGGAUAACUUAGAAAGUGUUCCGGCUGUAACUAGUUUUGUGUUAGUAUACUGGUGUCAGAAAACUGUAUGUUUACAUUUUGACUGUGUUGUUUAUUUAUGCAGGGUCCAGCUACAGGAAGCUUUCUUUAAUUGUUUUAUAAUUGUUAUUAUGUUGUGAUAAUUAUAGUAAUCAAGGGAAUACUCCCAUCUUGCUUGCUUACCUGUUCGUGGAGCAACUUUUGGAGAUACGUGAUUCCACACUGGUGACCUGCAGGACCUGGGUCCUAAUGGUGGCAUUAAGAUUUCAUAAUGUCCUGUAUAAAUGUUUCUACUGCUUUUUGAAAAAAACUUGGUGCAUUUUUAUAUGCCUUUCAAUAGCUCUUUGUACCUAUGCAAAGAUGCUCAAAAUGAAAAGAUACAAAUGCUUAAUCAUAAUAAAAUGUCAUUCCUUCCUCCUG